GCCUUAAAAUUUAUUUUAAUUUUGGAAAGACAAGACACUUUACCAAGAUCAUGAUUUAAUCGAGUUGGUGGAAAAGAUGAGCUUGUUGUAAGGUGAACUUUGCAGCGGUGUCAUGUCCUGGGACUGUGGAUUUAAGUAUAUCUUCGCUUUUUCUCCAACUCUUAAGGCAGGAGUGAUGUGCAAGCUUCAAGAGAGAGAUGAAAUCGGACGAAUUGAACUGGUCCAGAAGCUGGCAAGAGAAAACUGUCAGUUUUUGCAGAUGGACAAAAAAGAGCAAGAGAAAUCUGAACAUCAAGAUGAUGAAGUGACGACUGUUCAGGUUAAAGAGCAAGACCGGAGCGUCCUGGUGCUGAAGAAAGUGCAGUGCUGUGGCCCAGCCCCCACCGCGGGGAGUGCGGAGAGCGAUUGGAGAUACGUGGUGGUAUCCGGGACCCCGGAGAAGAUUCUGGAGCACCUUCUCAAUGACUUGCACCUGGAAGAAGUCCAGGACAAAGAAACAGAGACCCUCCUUGAUGACUUCCUUCUCACGUACACUGUCUUCAUGACAACGGAUGACUUGUGCCAGGCGCUGUUAAGGCACUAUUCUGCUAAGAAGUAUCAAGGCAAAGAAGAAAACUCAGAUAUUCCCUGUCGGAAACGCAAAGUCUUGCAUCUUGUUUCCCAAUGGAUCACUCUAUACAAAGACUGGUUACAUGAAGAUGAGCACUCGAAAAUGUUUUUAAAGACCAUAUACAGAAAUGUACUAGAUGAUGUCUAUGAAUAUCCAAUACUUGAAAAAGAAUUGAAAGAAUUUCAAAAAAUACUUGGAAUGCACCGUCGACACACUGUAGAUGAAUAUUCGCCACAAAGGAAGAAUAAAGCCCUUUUCCACCAAUUCAGUCUUAAGGAGAACUGGCUACAGCACAGAGGAGCCAUGACAGAAACAGAGGAAAUUUUUUGCCACGUGUACAUAACAGAGCACUCCUACGUCAGUGUGAAGGCAAAAGUUUCCAGUACAACCCAGGAGAUCUUGAAAGUCGUGGCAGAAAAGAUCCAGUAUGCAGAAGAAGACCUGGCUCUGGUGGCUGUCACAUUUUCUGGGGGAAAGCAUGAACUUCAGCCAAAUGACUUGGCCAUCUCCAAAUCACUUGAGGCUUCUGGUCGGAUAUAUGUCUACCGGAAAGACCUGGCUGACACUUUGAACCCAUUUGCAGAAAAUGAGGAAUCACAGCAAAGAUCGAUGAGGAUUUUGGGAAUGAACACUUGGGAUCUUGCUUUGGAAUUAAUGAAUUUUGACUGGAGUCUAUUUAAUUCAAUUCACGAGCAAGAGCUGAUCUACUUCACAUUCAGCAGACAGGGAAACGGAGAGCACACCGUGAACCUCAGCCUUCUGCUCCAGAGAUGCAAUGAAGUCCAACUCUGGGUGGCCACGGAGAUUCUGCUCUGCAGCCAGCUGGGCAAGCGAGUGCAGCUGGUGAAAAAAUUCAUCAAAAUUGCUGCUCACUGUAAAGCCCAGAGAAACCUGAACUCCUUCUUUGCUAUCGUGAUGGGUCUCAACACCGCUUCUGUGAGCCGGCUGUCACAGACCUGGGAGAAAAUCCCUGGGAAGUUUAAGAAACUUUUCUCUGAACUUGAAAGUUUAACAGAUCCUUCUCUAAAUCACAAAGCCUACAGAGAUGCAUUCAAAAAGAUGAAGCCACCAAAAAUCCCUUUCAUGCCCUUAUUGCUUAAAGAUGUAACAUUUAUUCAUGAAGGGAAUAAAACUUUUUUGGAUAAUCUCGUCAAUUUUGAAAAGCUGGUAUGUAAAUUACAUUGUUUCUCCUCUUGCCCACUGUAAGGGACUUGUAUGCUU